AUCACCACCUGAGACUCAGCACUCAACUUUCAUCAUCUCAACUCUCACCCAAACUAACCAUCGUCUCUGAAAUGACCCAGAGUCAAAUAUUCAAACGAGUUCCAAUUUCAACUCGAAGCCAGUCUUCAAUCGAUCAACCUAAUCAACUUCAUCGAUCAGCGCCUCCUACAACAGCUCCUCCUACCACGUCCAAACUCGAUCCGACCUCUCAACCCAAGAGGAGAGGUAGAUGGAAAUGGUCAGAUCUCUUUACCCCGUUCUAUCUACCAAGAUAUGAUGGCACUUAUAAUGUGGGAACUUUGACAUUAGAAUUACCCAUCCCUGAUUCGAUCCCAUCUCAAGCUGAUAACCCACUUCGUCUCAAAGAGAAUCCUAAUGGUCCUGCCUUCGAGCUCAACACUUCACUCAUGACAAUUUAUUAUCCAACUCAAGCUACCAAAGCUGUAUCAUCGGGUCCGACUUGGAUAACUGUCUCUCAAAUCAAGGGCUACUUUAAAUUCGCGGGUCUUGAUUUGAUCAAACGUAUCAUUGCUCUCCCACUCGUCUUCCUCGCCACUGCCCGAAUCAAGUUGCCCACUCUUGGAUCCGUCCCUAUCGCCCCGUCACCUUCCAAACAUAACCUCGUCCUCUUCUGUCAUGGCUUGACCGGAAAUCGGACAUGCUACUCUCAAUAUUGUGGUCAGCUCGCAGCCAGAGGAUAUGUAGUGGCCGCGAUUGAGCAUCGAGACCGAUCCGGCGCUCAUACUGUCGUCAACUCUUCCACACGACCC